UUGCCCCACUCUGCCAGGCGCUCCGACCCUGGGGAGCGAUACCACGGGUUUGCUGCGCUCCGCCAAGUGCUCCGGCCGGGGGAGCAGGACCACGAGUUUGCUGUGCUCUACCCGGGGCUCCGGCCGUGAGAGCGGGGCCGGGGGCUUACCCCGCUCCGCCAGGCGCUCCGCCCCGGGGAGCAAUACCACGGGUUUGCCGCGCUCCGCCCGGCGCUCCGGGCGGACACACUCCCUCAUGGUGGGUCUUGGGGUUUUCAAGAAGAAUCCAUGUUCUCUGCUUCCUGAGUGAUCUCACCAGUCUCUCGUUCCCACUCCGCCGCUUCCGCUGCAACUCUGCCAUCCCGAGCGCCUGCAAUCCAGCAGCAGAUUGUGGAGUAUGCCUGAAAGCCAUCAUCAUAUGUAUGACUUUUAGCCGUCCUCGGAGCAGCAAUGCAACGGGCCCAGAUAAUCUUCAUCCAAGAAUAUUCAAGGACCUGGCACAUGGAAUUAAGAAUCUCCUUCUACUGUCUCCACCACACCCGACUCCACAGAUGUAACCCCCACGCCUCCUCGGCAGGCGGUAAUGAUGAGUCGGAUUUCCCGGAGCUGCAGACAGCGCGGGAGUUCUCCGAGGACGAGGAGGAGGAGGAGACGUCCCUGGACUGGGGGACCCCGAGGGAGCUGACCUUCUCCUACAUCACCUUCGCGGGUGGGCCUGACGCCAUCCCUCCCAGCGAGCCCGGCCCCCGGGGGCGGCGGGACUCCCUGGCCCGCCGGAUGAGGGGCCCCCUGCCCCGCCCCGAGACCUGCGAGACCUUGGUGCCCACGCUGGGCAACAGCCUGGAGAACAUCCCCAGCCUGUGCCAAUCGCCCGAGGGCGAGCAGGGGCUGCCGGCCGGGCAGUGCCAGGGGCUGGAACCCUUCUUGGCCUGGGAUGCCCCGCUGAGCUACGUGGAUGAGCCCUGCUCCCUGGGGUGGGAGGAGCCACAAGUCGUGCCAGGCGGAGGUGGGAACUGUGCCCCCCCUUUUGGGGCAGCAGAGCAGCUGGGAGCCCUCACCGCACACUCAGAGGCUGCUCCGGAAAUGGCGCCAGGGGACCACCCGCGACCCAAGGCCCUAAUGCCAUGUCCUGCAGGGGGCACCCCUGGGCUCACUUACGCCGAGGGCAGCCAGCCCCCACCACAGACCUCCGCCGCCCCCAGCCCAAGGGAGGAGGAGCUGGAGCCACAGGAGGAGGGGGAGCAGGCAGAUACGGAACCAAUCACAGAACAGCAGCUGGAUGGGCUGGACCAAUCCGGGAACACUCUGGGAGUAUAUAUUAUAGUGGCGGACCUGGUGUACUGGCGGGACACCCGCACCUCGGCGCUCGUCUUCACCGGCAUCAUGGUGACUCUGCUGAGUCUGCUGCACUUCAGCAUCGUCAGCGUGGGCUCCUACGGCGCCCUGGCCGUGCUGGGCAUCACCAUCACGCUGCGGCUGGGCCGCAAGGGGCUGCAGGCCCUGCGCCGCUCCGACGGCGCCAACCCCUUCCAGGCUCAGCUGGACGCCGACUUGCCGCUGUCCCAGGAGCAGCUGGAGCGCCUCGCCACGCGGCUCAGCCGGGACAUCCUGGCGGCCGCCCACACCCUGCGCCGCCUCUUCCUGGUGGAGGAUCUGGUGGACUCGAUCAAGUUUGCCUUCCUGUUCUACAUCCUCACCUACGUGGGAGCCGUGUUCAACGGGCUGACGCUGCUCAUCCUGGGUGUGAUAAGUGCAUUUACUUUCCCCCUGCUCUACCGGCAGCACCAGGCACAGAUCGACCAGUACGUGGGGCUGGUGAGGAACCAGCUGAGUAACCUCAGAGCCAAGAUUCAGGCCAAGCUCCCAAGUGCCAAAGCGAAGCCAGAAUGAGCGACCGCCCCGGCCCGACUCACAGCAACGACGCCCCUGUCCCCCCACCCCGCUGCCCCCCUCGCCCCAGAACCACCCCCACCCCCGCUGGUGACACCCCCCACCCCAGGGAAAGGGGCCGCGGCCCCUCUCCUGGUCAGGAACCCGCCUACACUUCAGCCCCUGCGCUGCCCCCCCGGCCCUGCGUGUUGUGGGGCCGGGACAGGAAGCAGCUCCCUGGCCAUUCAGGGCUACGGGGGUGUGGGGGUGACUGAGAGGGGCCCCCGCGAUUCGGCCACCACCCUGGGCUGUAGCACAACAAGAGGCCCCUGCAUGCCACCCUCCGCUGUGGGCCGAGCCGCACGGCCUGCUGGGCCCUGCCUGCCUCCUGCCUCCGAGCCGCAGCCCCAGCGUGAACCCGGCAGGGCCUGGCCCUGUGGGGUGGGGGUGGGGAAGGGGCAGGCCCCGGCUCCUCAGGGCUGGAGGGGUCUGAUUUCCCGGGGGGCUCGGACCCAAGUGAAUUCAGGGUCUGUGAUUGGUUGGGAGCCCAAGGGCUGGCAGCCUGUUGUGUCCGAGCCCCUCCCGCCCCCCCCCCACUGUUUUUAGUCCGGUGGUCCCUUCUUGGACUGGGCCUGGGGCCACCCCCUGGCGCCGUGGGGCAGGCGCCGCCCUGGUGCCCGCAAAGCUCCACUCAGAUUUACACUUUAAUAAAAACGCUGGUGGAAAAAA